AUGCCCAGCCGCACUGUACGCCAGGCCAGCCACGAGUCCAUUGAAGACAGCAUGAACAGCUACGGCUCAGAGGGCAAGUGAGUACAGCAACAUAACUAGCACCAUUAGCACUUGGGGCACCCACUGAUUCACAAUUGUUCUGUGUGGAUCAGUUGGUAUGUGUGUGGCGCUAACAACGCCAAGGUUGUGGUUCCACUCCAGCGCGGAUCACGUAAACAUGCUAAAAGUGUAUGCAUUUACUGUACUGUACGUCCCUCUGGAUAAAACCAUCUGCUGAGUGAGGUGAAGUGUAGUAUUGUCACGAUCGUCGAACGGAGUAGACCAAGGCGCAGCGUGAUAAGCGUACAUUCUUAUUUAUUAAGUACACUACGAACAAAAACAAUAAACGAUACGUGAAGUCCAAGGUUAACAAACACAAACCUUACACGGAACAAGAUACCACAAAACACUGUGGAAAACAGGCUGCCUAAGUAUGGUUCCCAAUCAGAGACAACAAGCAACAGCUGACACUCGUUGCCUCUGAUUGAGAACCACCCCGGCCAACACAGAAACACAUGAGCUAGAUAAAGAACCUAGAACACAAACACAUAGAAACUACACACCCCAGCUCAACAUAACAGAGUCCCCGAGCCAGGGCAUGACAAGUAUAGUAUAGAGAAGUAUAUUGUUACUAGUGGCACCUGCCCUUAUGGGCGGUAAAUCAUUGGUAAUUAAUCAUUUGAUUCAAUGUAAUUCCCUCCUCAAAAAUAUGUAUCUCUGUUCAGCUUUUUGGUGUCUGGAUAUGCAGUUGAUGCUCUCAACUCCGGAGCAUUGAAAAAACUCCCAUAUUUCCUGUGGGAUCAUGGCAUUUCCUUUUCUUGGAAAUGCAAUGUCCAAUUUCCCCCUCCCCAGUGUGGGCUGACUAAUCUACCAGCUCACGUUUGAUGCCUAUAUUUUAAGCCUAGUGCUUAUUUGAACCUUGCUUUAGUACGGAUUAGAGGGUAAAACAGAGCAGCUAUAUGCAAUGAGAUGCAGUUGUUUAUUUGGGAGUGGACACAUUAUACCUCCAACACCUGUUUUGGAAAGCAAUAGUUUAGUCAUUGUAUUAUGAUGCAUCCAUUAUGAUGCAUUUACAUGACAUCACAUAAUGGAAUGGAAGCAGAUAUAAUUUUGGGAAAUGUAGUCAUUCUACAGUGUCACGCUCGUCGGGAAGAGAGGAGGACCAAGGCGCAGCGUUGAAUGCGAACAUAUUUAUUUAUAUAAUGAUCACACGAACAAAACAACAAAACGAAAACGUGACGUCCCUGGUUACAUACACAAACCAACACGGAACAAGAAACCACACCCAAUGAAUGCCUAACGGCUACCUAAGUAUGACUCCCAAUCAGAGACAACGAGCUACAGCCGUCUCUGAUUGGGAGCCACCCUGGCCAACAUAGAUAUACAAAACUAGAAUACCCAAAGGAAACUCACACCCUGGCUCAACAUACAAGUGUCCCCAGAGCCAGGGCGUGACAUACAGUUUCCAAAUUGGCCUACAAAGGCCUAGCCUGGGUACCAAUUUGUUUCUGCUAUCAUUCCACUCUAUGCCAAACAGACUAGCCUUUCGGCAAUCUUCCAAUAUAAAGAUUAUAUAAUUAAUGAGCGAGGAGAAUAGCAUUGUCGUCCAACAGGUGGCAUCACUCCUAAGUGACGCUCAUCCUUCAACCAACCUAUCUUGUAGGUCAUGGAACUCAUAUUACAAUUUUAAUAUUCCCGAGCAUCCACCAUUCAAAAAUGAAAAACAUAAUUCCUAAUGUAUGAUAUCACUGCGCUAUCGUAUGACUCCCCAUGAAAUAGGCAGAAUAACUAGAUAAAUUAUUACAUAUAAUAACUUGCAAUUGCAAGAAAAUGAAAACAAAGCAGUGCAUGGCUAUCUUCUGCAAAGAUUAUGUGCAAGGACGUUGGUUGCCAGUGCAGUGACUUGAUCAGAUGCUUAGCUAACUGUUGUAGCUAUCUUACUGACAUAGUUAGCUAGCUAGCUCUAUCUUUACUGACAUAAAAAGCUUGCUUAGCCUGUUUAAAUUACCCUGAAGUUGUGGACAUGCAGCCCCAAAAUUAAGAGGGACUGUUAUCCGAAAUCAUUCCGUAGAUUGCUAACGUUACUUUGUAUCAUUGGGUCAGCCGAGCACAGCAGCUGACUCGGGAGGCUACUGCAAUGAAUCACGGCUGAUCAGCUGCUUCAUGAAAAGUAAUAAUAAUGUUAGCAUUAACACUACUACAGUAGCUUGCUAACUUGCUUUUGUUGGAAGCAGGACUAAGUAGGUAGCUGGUUGGUUAGCAGCAUCGUUUCAGUGACUGGCUCAGCUAGCAAACUAAUGUUGGACAGAUUUAUGCUAGCUUUCGUGCCCAUUGUCAAACUUCAGAAAUACUGCUCUAUAAACCACAUAAGUCCUUACCUAGAUGUAAAAUGGUGUGACUGAGACUUCCUCACCAAAAAAACUUCAACAUUAAUGACAGAUUUAUUGUUUUAGCUUAGAUUAAUUCCGACUGUUUUGAGGCAGAAAUCGGGUUCAGCAGACGAUGUUACCUUGGUAAUAUAUUGAAUGUUAGACAGCACAUUGUAGCCAAACUACUUUUCAUCUAUCCGAUUACUAUUUGCGAGGUACGAGAUAUCAGUGCUGGCGGAAUAAUCACGCAAUCUGACGUAAGACAAUUGGAGAAUAGAGGAUUUGAUCCAGAUUCGAUAACCCUCACAGUUAUCCUUGAAUCACAAUUGUCUCUAUUUUCGAGACACAUAUUCACUGCGUAAAAUGGCCUGUUUCCAAGUGUGUAAAUGUACUGUAAGUCAGAAUAUCUUUCAUGAUAAGAAGUAGAAGCUCAGUAUUGAGAAGUCAGAAUAAAAAUAGAGCUUGACCAGUCUUGAUUAGUAUGCUCUGGAACAACUUGUCUAUUGUACUCACCCCCCCCCCCCCCCCCCCUUUAAUUCAAGCAUUUAAAAUAGAAGCACACUUAAAACAAUCAAAUGAAAAAACAAGCACAGCAAUUAAAGAGAUCAAAUGUUAUCAAAGAACAUAAAUCACAAAGGCAUCAUUGAUUAAAGGCCAAGCUAAAAAACGCCGGUUGACAAAUGGGAUUUUAACACCACAAGCAGUUUCACAGUACAAUGCACAGUUCCAUAUCAAACUUUUACUAUAUAAAAGAAACACAAUGAUGAAUAAUCAAACUUUUUUGUCGGUACAAUUUAAGAAAUAAAUGGUAUAGUUUUGCUCUCAAAUUCCCAAUGCUAGGCCUUUUGAGUUCUCAUAGCUUCACCUCCAAGUAGCCUAAUGCCUAAAAAGCAGCCCUGCUUGAAUAAUAAUAAUAAUAUGCCAUUUAGCAGACGCUUUUAUCCAAAGCGACUUACAGUCAUGCGUGCAUACAUUUUUUUGUGUAUGGGUGGUCCCGGGGAUCGAACCCACUACCUUGGCGUUACAAGCGCCGUGCUCUACCAGCUGAGCUACAGAGGAAACUGGUACUACCACAGUUACUGGUCUGUAGUCCUGACAAACUACACUUUAAACUGGCAAUAUGCACUUCAUAAUUCUCGGAACUGGAAUAAACUGUGCCUCUGAUACAGAUCCCUAUGCUUUGCCCCAAACCUCAACAGGCAGCUUGAAAUUAUAUUAAUUUGGAUGUUUCUGGAACCAAUUGACACGAGCCAUGACAUGAGAAAUGUGUGUGUUUUCAUGUCACAAGAGAACAACUGUGUUACUAUGCUUGGCGUUAGCUCUGCAUCUGUUUGAAUGUGUGGUAGGCCCUGUCUGUCUGUCAGUGACAAACCCCUUUGCAAGUACACAUGAUGAGUGAAAACUUCUGCUUUGUUCAGUGCUUGUAACCUCUCCCAGCAUGUCUAGCUUAUCAUAUGUUGUUCAUUCAGCUGUACAAUGGUGAGAUCCUUGUUUGGAUACAUUCAUGUGAAGACACUAUACAGAUCAUUACUAUCUUCACUUGCUAUGACAAACAGCUGUUUAGGGGGCAGGCAAAUAAUGUCUGAGCUCACUGUAAAUUAGUUGGAGAAUAGGCUACUGGGGGACAAGAAUAUGAAUGCUUUUACAGAGGAGACACAAAUAAUUCAGUAAUAAUAAACACACACGUACCAUGUUCAUCCUGACAAAAUAACUCCUGAGUCUGUUAUUGCUGUAAUGGCAAUUCCUCAGGAAAGGUGGCUGUGUCUUGCCGUUCAACUGUCCAUUGAUGAGUGAAUUUAUCAUAGAAUUUAGUUUUAUGAAAUGAUGUUCAAAGUAUGCUGUCUUUCCCUAAAGUAUGUGGCUGUGGCCACACUCUUUCAUGGGCCAAGUCCUGGGUUUGAGAUAAUCUGCCUUGCGCUUUGACAUGAUAGUGACACUAAAACUAUUUUUAUAGCCAAUCGUCAAUAAAUAAUAUGUUAGGCAGGAUGUGUUGAUGUGAUUCUGGAUGGCCAGAUUGCUAGCAAGAAUGACAAGAAACUGCCAUGUGGAGAAUCGUAAGUGGCUCGUUUCAGUUCGUUUCAUCUUGUUAUUUAUACCAUGUGUUGUUUUGAGUUGUUUUUACUAAUUUCAUGUUAAUGUUAAUGUGGCUAAAAUGUUCUAGCUAACUAACCAACAACUGUAACAAUGUAUUUAUGUUCAAUAAUCAUUGGAGACAAAAUAUAGCUUACAUGUUGUCAACAAUCUAAGCCAACACCGUCUGUUUUGCUCCAUAGUUGCUCAGACCUCGGUUUUGUUGCAAAACAACCAACACGUCUAUAGACCACAAUGCAAUAGCAGCUGGGUCUGGUCUACUUGUAUAUGAACUGGAGCGACCAUAUACCAUAUACAUUCAUUGGUAGCGACGCACUUGUAUCAAUUCAAUAGCAAGGGGCUUUAUUUGCAUGGGAAACAAAUGUUUACAUUGCCAAAGCAAGUGAAAUAUACAAUAAACUAAAUAUCACAGUUUCUGUUUUGAUGGUACAUGAAGUGUAGUUUCAUGAAACACCGGCAUGAACUCAUCAGCCAAUUAAAUGCAUGGGAAUAGAAGGGAAGGCGUAGCGAUUGAAAGGUAAAUAAUCCAAUCAAAAGAAAAAAAAACAGAAGUGAGGUGAGACGGUUGAAAAUGACCAAUUGCGAUUUGAAAACUUUGCCAUACCACUUCUUUGGGGGUGUUUUCUACCGGCGGUCAGCUAAAUACAGUGCAUUCAGAAAGUAUUCAGACCUCUUGACUUUUUCCACAUUUUGUUACGUUACAGCCUUAUUCCAAAAUUGAUUAAAUACAAUGUUUUCCUCAUCAAUCUACACACAAUACCCCAUAAUGACAGAGCAAAAACAAGUUUUUAGAAAUUGUUGCAAAUGUAUUUAAAAUAAAAAACUGAAAUACCUUAUUUACAUGAGAAUUCAGACCCUUUGUUAUGAGACUCGAAAUUGAGCUCAGGUGCAUCCUGUUUCCAUUUAUCAUCCUUGAGAUGUUUCUACAACUUGAUUGGAGUCCAACUGUGGUCAAUCCAAUUGAUUGGACAUGAUUUGGAAAGGCACACACCUGUCUAUAUAAGGUCCCACAGUUGACAGUGCAUGUCAGAGCAAAAACCAAGCCAUGAGGUCGAAGGAAUUGUCCGUAGAGCUCCGAGAAAGAAUUGUGUCGAAGCAAAGCUCUUCGGAAGGGUACCAAAAAAUGUAUUCAGCAUUGAAGGUGCCCAAGAACACAGUGGCCUCCAUCAUUCUUAAAUGGAAGAAGUUUGGAACCACCAAGACUCUUGCUAGAGCUGGCCGCCCGGCCAAACUGAGCAAUCGGGGGAGAAGGGCCUUGGUCAGGAAGGUGACCAAGAACCCGAUGGUCACUCUGACAGAGCUCCAGAGUUCCUCUGUGGAGAUGGGAGAACCUACCAGGAGGACAACCAUCUCUGCAGGACUCCACCAAUCAGGCAUUUAUGGUGGCCAGACGGAAGCCACUCCUCAGUAAAAGGCACAUGACAGCCCGCUUGGAGUUUGCCAAAAGGCCCGUAAAGGACUCUCAGACCAUGAGAAACAAGAUUCUCUGGUCUGAGAAAACCAAGAUUGAACUCUUUGGCCUGAAUGCCAAGCCUCAUGUCUGGAGGAAACCUGGCACCAUCCAUAUGGUAAAGCAUGGUGGAGGCAACAUUGCUGUGGGAUGUUUUUCAGCAGCAGGAACUGUCAGGAUCGAGGGAAAGAUGAACGGAGCAAACUACAGAGAGAUCCUUGAUGAAAACCUGCUACAGAGUGCUCAGGACCUCAAACUGUGGCAAAGGUUCAUCUUCCAACAGGACAAUGACCCUAAGCACAGAGCCAAGACAACACAGGAGUGGCUUCAGGACAAGUCUUUGAAUGUCCUUGAGUGGCCCAGCCAGAGCUCGGACUUGAACCCGAUCUAACAUUUCUGGAGAGACCUGAAAAUAGCUGUGCAGCGACGCUCCCCAUCCAACCUGACAGAGCUUGAGAGGAUCUGCAGAGAAGAAUGGGAGAAACUCCCCGAAUACAGCUGAAGUCAGAAGUUUACAUACACCUUAGCCAAAUACAUUUAAACUCAGUUUUUCACAAUUCCUUACGUGUAAUCCUAGUAACUUUAUUUUAAGAAUAUGAAAUGUCAGAAUAAUAGUAGAGAGAAUGAUUUAUUUAAGCUUUUAUUUAUUUCAUCACAUUCUCAGUGGGUCAGAAGUUUACAUACACACAAUAGUAUUUGGUAGCAUUGCCUUUAAAUUGUUUAACUUAGGUCAAACAUUUCGGGUAGACUUCCACAAGCUUCCCACAAUAAGUUGGGUGAAUUUUGGCCCAUUCCUCCUGACAGAGCUGGUGUAAUUGAGUCAGGUUGGUAGGCCUCCUUGCUUGCACAAGCAUUUUCAGUUCUGCCCACAAAUGUUCUAUAAGAUUGAGGUCAGGGCUUUGUGAUGGCCACUCCAAUACCUUGACCUUGUUGUCCUUAAGCCAUUUUGCCACAACUUUGGAAGUAUGCUUGGGGUCAUUGUCCAUUUGGAAGACCCAUUUGCGACCAAGCUUUAACUUCCUGACUGAUGUCUUGAGAUGUUGCUUCAAUAUAUCCACAUAAUUUUCCUUCCUCAUGAUGCCAUCUAUUUUGUGAAGUGCACCAGUCCCUCCUGCAGCAAAGUACCCCCACAGCAUGAUGCUGCCACCCCCAUGCUUCACGGUUGAGAUGGUGUUCUUCGGCUUGCAAGCGACCCCCUUUUUCCUCCAAACAUAACGAUGGUCAUUAUGGCCAAACAGUUCAAUUUUUGUUUCAUCAGACCAGAGGACAUUCCUCCAAAAAGUAUGAUCUUUGUCCCCAUGUGCAGUUGCAAACCGUAGUCUGGCUUUUUUAUGGCGGUUUUGGAGCAGUGGCUUCUUCCUUGCUGUGCAGCCUUUCAGGUUAUGUCGAUAUAGGACUUGUUUUACUGUUGUACUGUUUUCUCCAGCAUCUUCACAAGGUUCUUUGCUGUUGUUCUGGGAUUGAUUUUCACUUUUCACACCAAAGUAUGUUCAUCUCUAGGAGACAGAACGCGUCUCCUUCCUGAGCGGAAUGACGGUUGUGUGGUCCCAUAGUGUUUAUACUUGCGUAUUAUUGUUUGUACAGAUGAACGUGGUACCUUCAGGCAUUUGGAACCAGACUUGUGGAGGUCUACAAUUCUUUUUCUGAGGUCUUGGCUGAUUUCUUUUCAUUUUCCUAUGAUGUCAAGCAAAGAGGCACUGAGUUUGAAGGUAGGCAUUGAAAUACAUCCACAGGUACACCUCCAAUUGACUCAAAUUAUGUCAAUUAGCCUAUCAGAAGCUUCUAAAGCCAUGACAUCAUUUUCUGGAAUUUUCCAAGCUGUUUAAAGGCACAGUCAACUUAGUGUAUGUAAACUUCUGACCCACUGGAAUUGUGAUACAGUGAAUUAUAAGUGAAAGAACCUGUCUGUAAACAAUUGUUGGAAAAAUUGCUUUUGUCAUGCACAAAGUAGAUGUCCUAACCGACUAUGGUUUGUUAACAAGAAAUGUGUGGAGUGGUUGAAAAGCGAGUUUUAAUGUGUAUGCAAACUUCCGACCUCAACUGUACAGGUGUGCUAAGCUUGUAUUAUCAUACCCAAGAAGACUUUAGGCCGCCAAAGGUGCUUCGACAAAGUACUGAGUAAAGGGUCUGAAUACAUAUGUAAAAAAAAUGUUUUCACUGACUCUUCACACCUGUUUCUCAAGAUACAUUUUGCACCGACUCCCACUCACUCACCCACCCUUACAUAUAUACACACACAGAACAUUACCCUCUUCUUUUUACUACUCUUUACUCCUUAUUGUAUUUUUUAAUAAAUGUCUUGGUAUCGUGUUUUUUAAAAUAAAUGUCUUGAUAUCGUGUUUUUUUAAUAAAUAUCUUGAUAUCGUGUACUUUUUUGAUAAAUGUCUUGAUAUCGUGUUUUUUUUAUAAAUGUCUUGAUAUCGUGUUUUUUUUAAUAAAUGUGUUGAUAUCAUGUAUUUUUUGAUGAAUGUGUAUUGCACCAUUAAGAGCUUACAGUUAUGUUUUUUUGCUUUGUUAUUUCGUUACUUCUUUUUUGGAAGGGGGUUUGGGAAUGUUACAUUUUUUACUUAUGUCUUGUUGUGCACUAUCUACAAUUGUUUAUUUCAUUAGAGAUGUUGUAUUUAUAAUUUUACUUUUGAACACUUGUUCUUAUUUUUUGACAAGUAAAAGCAUGUUUAUAUAGUAAACACUUGACCUUUCUUUGAUUUGGUGACAAAAUUAGCUAUAUUAGUGUAGGGUGGGGGGGAGGGGGGCCGUAACAAUGGUGAGGUGUGAGUGUCAGGAGAACUACAGUACAUGGCAUGUCUCAGCCUCGACACAUUGGCAGUCAGGAUCUCUAGUUUCCACCGAGUGUUUUUAACACCCAAUGGUUCGCCACCAACAGUUGGUGGAGAAACAAGCGUUUUGAGUGUUCAGACAUAAAACAGCAAAGUUCUUCCGACUGGCAUGGAAGUAGCUAGUCUUCAGAGGUGUAAGGGUAGUUAGGAGACUGAAACUACGACAUUUGGUGCAAUGAUUUUCAUGGAAUUAUUGAUGUUAUGUUUAUCAACCAAUCAGUGAUCGUGCACAAAGUCCAGCUGCAUUUUGAAUGUUAAGAUUGCAGAAAAGCCAGACUAUUUGGCAAUGACACCGUCCAUGUCCACCGCAGCCCUACCCAGAACAUCUGAUGCAAUAGACCACAGACAAUCACCUGCAGAGGAGUGGAAUGUCAGCACAAAACAGGUUCUGGAUUUCAGGCCUACAAAUGCCAACAUCAUAUGCAUUGUGACAUCAUGGUUGCUCCGGAUUACAAACAUUCUGAAAACACAAAAAAUUGGAAAAUAAACAAAAAUACAAGCAAAGCAGAACAUAAAGUGGCAUGUCACUGGAUGAUGUGCUUCUUUCGUGCCUAAAAUGAAGAAAACCGGCGCAACAUUUUUGAAAGAGAUCCGUACGAAACGUUGUGGCUUACGGUAUUAUAAUACAAAUAUUCCUGAAGAAUUGGCAUGAACCGAAUGGCACUACUUCCUAUUUCAAAUUUCUAUCCAUGUGAUACAAUUAUUGAUCGCAACACAAGUUAUUUGCACUCACAGUACUAAUCCAGAGUCAGAAUGCAAACUACCUCUGCUAAGCUUUUGUGUAUCCAAUGUUGCUGUUCUUUUUCAAAAGCAAAGGGAAUGUAAUAUGGAUAGGUGCCCUAGGAUGGAAAGGACAACUCUCUCUAAGUGCAGUGUGCUUUUGAUGUAUACCACACAAAACAUGUGGAUUGGCUGGCUCAGACUAGCACCAAUGGUAGCUGGUGUAACAGCGUCCUAGUCCUAUGGUGUUAUUAAAAGAACAAUGCUUACACACAUUACAUCAAAGAAGUGAAAAAAGAGUGUCAUUAUCGGUGGCCUUUUUUGCUUUCAUUUUAUUACGAGAAAGAGGAAAAUACCGUAUUUCUUUCCUCUUUGGAAGUUUCCCUUGUUGACAGCAGCCUACCAGGCACUGCUAAACGUGUGCCAGCUCUGUACUCUGCAAAGUGAGCCAUCAUCAAAGGACCAGGGAUGGCCACUGCAUGCACGCUGUAGUGUUACGUAACAUCUGUGGCCACUCAGGGGAAACAGCAUCAGGGAGGGAAAUCAACCUCAUUGAAGCUGGAUUACAGAGAAUUGAACAGUUGGGGAUUACUCCUUUGGCACAGAGAUGGUUCACCAUAUUUUAUUGGAUCUUAUGAAUCUCAUGAAUACAUAACAAAUAAUUAAUCUUUAUAUAAACAAGCCGUCAAAAGACUUGGGGCUGCCAGCGGGGACAAAAUGGGCUAUUAUCUUGAUUUGGUUUUCUCUCUGAAAGUACAUGCUUGAAUGGCAAAGAAAUGGGUGCAAUUUCUUAGUGUAUUAUACAAUCCAAACAAGACUAUCCUCCUCUGCUAAGGUUCAGAUGAGGACUCAUGCUGAACAUAAACAAACACUCACACUAUUCAAUCAGUUUCGUAGUUUUUUUCCAUCUCACCUGAAAGCCUGAUUAGCAAUUUUGAUUGUAUAGGCUGAGGCUCUUACACAGUUAAAAUAACAGUAACUUUUUUUGAGAAACCUUUAUAGUGUGUAAGUUCCAUUCUUAUCGAUUCAGGUUUAUCCAAGUCAGCACCUUAUGUUGAUGCUGGAAUGAUAUUCGGUUACACUUUAUUUGGAUAGUACCCAAUAGAUUAUCUACAGAUACUCAAACAUUGAACUAUCAAUUGCUACUCUGUUGAUAUUCCUUUCCCCAGACUCCCAGCUUGCUAUAAGCAAUGAGAAUAGAGGACAAAGAUGGUGUGAGGGUGGGAGGAGGUGAAACAGAGAUUAAAAUACAAUGUACACUACCAUUCAAAAGUUUGGGGUCACUUAGAAAUGUCCUUGUUUUCAAAAGAAAUUAUAUUUUUUGGCUGAUUUUUAAAUGGAAUAGGCUUACAGAAGCCCAUUAUCAGCAACCAUCAGUCCUGUGUUCCAAUGGCACGUUGUGUUUGCUAAUCCAAGUUUAUCAUUUUAAAAGGCUAAUUGAUCAUUAGAAAACCCUUUUGCAAUUAUGUAAGCACAGCUGAAAACUGUUGUGCUGAUUAAAGAAGCAAUAAAACUGGCCUUCUUGAGACUAGUUGAGUAUCUGGAGCAUCAGCAAUUGUGGGUUCAAUUCUUCCCAUUACCACUAUUUCACAGUAUUAUCAUCGUACUGCUAUAGAUUUCCAUGUUCCCAGGGGUAUUGUCAGUAGUAAUCUUAUACCAAUAAAGUUGAACUCUGUUGCUGUUAGCCAAAAUGAGAGGCCUGCUGUCAGCUCACCCAGUGCUAUUAUUUUAAAUACCUACAGUAUAUGGAUACCCCUGCUGUUUUCAAAGCACAUAGAGGGCGUGGAUGGUUGCACAGAAACGUGCGAAGCUUGAUGUCAAAGAUGGACCAUAUGGAUGUCUGGAUGCAUGACACAAACCCUGACAUUCUGGUUCUCACAGAGACCUGGAUAAAUUGCUAGAGUAUGGAUAAGGACAUUGAAAUGGCUGAUUACAACAUUUUCAGGUGUGAUAGACUGAAAAAAAAGGGGGGGGGGACUAUAUAUGUCAAAUUGACUCUUGUAGCAUCAUGUUCCCUAAGUGUCACUAUUCCCAAAAAGUUUGAAUGUUUGGGUUUCAAGUCAUGCCUUUCGGUCUAGCCAACGCACCUGCGGUGUUCCAGGCAUUGGUCAAUGACGUUCUCCGGGACCUCCUCGACUACAGCGUCUUUGUGUAUUUGGAUGACAUCCUAAUAUUCUCAAAGGACAUGAGUGAACACCAGCAGCACGUUCGGCAGGUCCUCCAACGCCUUCUCCGUCACCAGCUCUACGUCAAGGUGGAGAAGUGCGUGUUCCACACAGAGACAGUCUCCUUCCUGGGGUUCAUCGUCACCCAGGGGGGACCUACGGAUAGACCGGACUGAUCAGAGCCUGAAGGUACAGAGGUGCCGUUCCCCUCACUGCUCCAUAGGCAAGCACCAUGGUCUUGUAGCGGAUGCGAGCUUCAACUGGAAGCCAGUGGAGUGUGCGGAGGAGGGGGGUGACGUGAGAGAACUUGGGAAGGUUGAACACCAGACGGGCUGCGGCAUUCUGGAUGAGUUGUAGGGGUUUAAUGGCACAGGCAGGGAGCCCAGCCAACAGCGAGUUGCAGUAGUCCAGACGGGAGAUGACAAGUGCCUGGACCAGGACCUGCGCCGCUUCCUGUGUAAGGCAGGGUCGCACUCUCCGAAUGUUGUAGAGCAUGAACCUGCAGGAGCGGGUCACCGCCUUGAUGUUGGCGGAGAACGACAGGGUGUUGUCCAGGGUCACGCCUAGGCUCUUCGCACUCUGGGAGGAGGACACAGCGGAGUUGUCAACCGUGAUGGCGAGAUCAUGGAACGGGCAGUCCUUCCCCGGGAGGAAGAGCAGCUCCGUCUUGCCAGGGUUCAGCUUGAGGUGGUGAUCCGUCAUCCAUACUGAUAUGUCUGCCAGACAUGCAGAGAUGCGAUUCGCCACCUGGUUAUCAGAAGGGGGAAAGGAGAAGAUUAGUUGUGUAUCGUCAGCGUAGCAAUGAUAGGAGAGACCAUGUGAGGAUAUGACAGAGCCAAGUGACUUGGUGUAUAGGGAGAAAAGGAGAGGGCCCAGAACCGAUCCCUGGGGGACACCAGUGGUGAGAGCACGUGGUGCGGAGACAGCUUCCCGCCACGCCACUUGGUAGGAGCGACCGGUCAGGUAGGACGCAAUCCAGGAGUGAGCCGCGCCGGAGAUGCCCAUCUCGGAGAGGGUGGCGAGGAGGAUCUGAUGGUUCACAGUAUCAAAGGCAGCAGACAGGUCUAGAAGGACAAGAGCAGAGGAGAGAGAGUUAGCUUUAGCAGUGCGGAGAGUCUCCGUGACACAGAGAAGAGCAGUCUCAGUUGACCCAGCCAAGGUCAGCGCGGUACUGGAUUAGCCCCAGCCCUCAUCCCUCAAGCAACUACAGCGAUAUUUUGUGUUUACACAUUUUUAUAGACGAUUUAUUCACAAUUUUAGCUCCCCAGCUGCUCCCCUGACAGCCCUCACCCAGACGAGUGUGCGCUCCUUCGCCUGGACCCCGGAAGCAGGGAACGCAUUUGAUGCGCUUAAGCGGCGCUUUACAUCAGCCCCGGUCCUAGGGCAUCCUGAUCCGUCCCAGCCGUUCAUUGUGGAGGUGGAUGCUUCAGACGUUGCGGUGGAAGCAAUCCUGUCCCAGCGGUUCCUCACGGAUGGUAAGACUCACCCCUGCUCGUUUAUCUCCCGUCGGCUGUCCCCGGCGGAGCGGAAUUACGACGUGGGGAACCGUGAGUUGCUAGCGGUCAAGCUCGCCCUAGGGGAGUGGAGGCAUUGGCUAGAGGGGGCUGCCCAUCCAUUUGUCGUAUGGACGGACCAUAAGAACUUAGCCUACAUUCAGUGGGCCAAGAGGCUCAACUCGCGCCAGGCCAGGUGGGCGUUGUUCUUCACCAGGUUCCGGUUCACCGUCUCAUACCGUCCGGGGUCGAAGAACAACAAGCCUGACGUGCUCUCCAGGCAGUUCGACCCUUUGGACCUGGUGGAGAGGGACAACCCCAUUGUCCCCAACGCCCUGAUUCCUGCACCAGUUUUGCAACUCUGCCUAGAGGGUCAGCAUUCCGGAGUCGCCUCUUCACUGUUGACUGGCCAUUUUGAGCCUGUAAUCGAACCCACAAUUGCUGAUGCUCCAGAUACUCAACUAGUCUCAAGAAGGCCAGUUUUAUUGCUUCUUUAAUCAGCACAACCGUUUUCAGCUGUGCUAACAUAAUUGCAAAAGGGUUUACUAAUGAUCAAUUAGCCUUUUAAAAUGAUAAACUUGGAUUAGCAAACACAAUGUGCCAUUGGAACACAGGACUGAUGGUUGCUGAUAAUAGGCAUUUGUAUGCCUCUGUAGAUGUUCCAUAAAAAAUCAGCCAUUUCCAGCUACAAUAGCCAUUUACAACAUUAACAAUGUCUACACUGUAUUUCUGAUCAAUUUGAUGUUAUUUUAAUGGACAACAAAAAAAGCUUUUCUUUAGAAAACAAGGACAUUUCUAAGUGACCCCAAACUUUUGAACUGUAGAUCAUCUCAUUUCCGGGCCUGUACCAAAAAUAGGCCGCGGAGUUCAUCGCUUUAGUCGUCUCCUCGGUCUACACUGCUGGCUUAAAUCCUACUGUUCCACCUUGGAUUUGGAGUUCGUUGACAAUUUGGACCACUUCUGGGAGAGGGCCAAGCUUUACAAGGGUUUGCAUCCAAAUAGUUUCGACCCUUUGGACCUGGUGGAGAGGGACAACCCCAUUGUCCCCAACGCCCUGAUUGCUGCACCAGUUUCGUGGGGAAUCGAUAGGCUGGUCAGAGCAGCACUACGGCGGGAGCCCGAUCCGGGCGGAGGUCCAUCGGGGAGGAUGUACGUACCCAAGGCUGCGCGCUCGCGACUGUCUUGAUUUUAACUUGACUCAGUUUAUCUCCAAACUCACAUGAAUUAACGUAAGAAACUCAGCAAAUUCCUCGCUGAUUGACCUGAUUUUGACAAAUAGCCCCCACAAGUACGUAUCGAAUGGUGUCUUUGCUAAUGACAUCAGUAAUCACUGUCCUAUUGCAUGUAUUAGAAAUACCAAACAGACAAACUUUGAGGAUAUGCAUUUUUCAUACCUUUCCUCCAUCAGCUGCAUGCCUGACCCUGAAUUGGGGCUUGAUCUUUUCUAAUCUAUUUUUAUAUAUCUGGCAGACAAACUGUCACGACCGUCUACGGAAGGAGUGGACCAAAGCGCAGCGUUUGUAGCGAACAUGACUUUAUUAAAGUUAAAGAGCACGAACGAGAAAACAAUAAACAAUGACGGAUAGUGAAGUCCUCAGUACACAGACUGAAACAUGGAACAAAAACCCACAACCCUAAGGUGAACACUGACAGUUUAAAUAUGGCUCCCAAUCAGAGAUAACGAGCCGACAGCUGACACUCGUUACCUCCGAUUGGGAGUCACAUGACGAGACAAGACACUACAACCAAAACCAAACACAACCAAAUGAACACACCCUAUACCCAACACAACCAAAUGAAUACACCCUGGCUCAAACUACACAGUCCCGGAGCCAGAGCGUGACAGUACCCCCCCCUAAAGGCGCGGACUCCGACCGCGCCUACACCCCAAAAUAGGGGAGGGCUGGGUGGGUGUUGCUCCUCGGAGGCGGCUCCGGCUCCGGGCUUGACCACCACCCCACUUCACUCCCCCCGUAGUGCCCCCGGUCCGAUCUGACCCAGCUUGCUGGAUCAGGACCUCCGACGCGCACCCCUGGCUUGGCGCGUGAGGUAGGAAUGGACCGGAACUGGCAGACGAUACGCACCCUUUGCCUGGUGCGUGGAGCCGGAACAGGCCUCACCAGGCUGAAGACUCGCAUCCCUGGCUUGGUGCGAGUAGCAGGAACGGGCUGGACCAGGCUGACGACUCGCACCCUUGGCUUGGUGCGAGUGGCAGGAACAGGCCGGACCGGGCUGGCGACGCGCACCGUAGGUUUGGUGCGAGUGGCAGGAACAGGCCGGGUCGGGCUGGCGACGCGCACCGUAGACUUGGUGCGGGUGGCAGGAACAGGCCGGACCGGGCUGGCGACGCGCACCGUAGGUUUGGUGCGAGUGGCAGGAACAGGCCGGGUCGGGCUGGCGACGCACACCGUACACUUGGUGCGGGUGGCAGGAACAGGCCGGACCGGGCUGGCGACGCGCACCGUAGGUUUGGUGCGAGUGGCAGGAACAGGCCGGGUCGGGCUGGCGACGCGCACCGUAGACUUGGUGCGGGUGGCAGGAACAGGCCGGGCUGGGCUGGCGACGCACACCGUAGGUUUAGUGCGUGGAGCAGGAACAGGCCGGGCUGGGCUGGCGACGCACACCGUAGGUUUAGUGCGUGGAGCAGGAACAGGCCGGGCUGGGCUGGCGACGCACACCGUAGGUUUAGUGCGUGGAGCAGGAACAGGCCGGGCUGGGCUGGCGACGCACACCGUAGGUCUGGUACGUGGAGCAGGAACAGGCCGGACAGGGCUGUCGACGCACACCGUAGGCUUUGUGCGUGGAGCAGGAACAGGCCGGACCGGGCUGGCGACGCGCACCGUAGGUUUGGUGCGAGUGGCAGGAACAGGCCGGGUCGGGCUGGCGACGCGCAACGUAGACUUGGUGCGGGUGGCAGGAACAGGCCGGGCUGGGCUGGCGACGCACACCGUAGGUUUAGUGCGUGGAGCAGGAACAGGCCGGGCUGGGCUGGUGACGCACACCGUAGGUUUAGUGCGUUGAGCAGGAACAGGCCGGGCUGGGCUGGCGACGCACACCGUAGGCUUUGUGCGUUGAGCAGGAACAGGCCGGGCUGGGCUGGCGACGCACCCCGUAGGCUUUGUGCGUAGAGCAGGAACAGGCCGGGCUGGGCUGACGACGCACCCCGUGGGCUUGGUGCGUGGAGUAGGAACAGGCCGGUCCGUACUGGGAACACACACCACUGGCCUUAACCGAGGAUCAGGAACGGGCCGGACCGGACUGGUAACACACCUCAGUCUCUCACGCCGUGCCUCAACUACUUCCCUCCCUCUACUCGCCAAUGGCUCCCGUAAUCCGGUAGCCUUCUCUCCACGUCUCCCUGUGGCAGCCUCCUGCUGCCCAGCCGCCCAAGCCAUGUGCCCCCCCCAAAAAACUUUUUGGGGUUGCCUCUCGUCCCUCCGACGAUGGCCCUGCUGACGCCGUUGCUCCUCUCUCGCCAGGGCCUUGAUCCUCCCCCAAGGUCCCUUGCCCCCGAGCAUGUCCUCCCAGGACCACGAUUUGCCCACCUGGGCCAUCGCCAGCCUCUCGAUCUCCUUACCCGGCGCUUCCUCCCAUGUCCAGUCUCCUUGCUCCUGGACACGCUGCUUGGUCCUUUUUUGGUGGGUUUUUCUGUCACGACCGUCUACGGAAGGAGUGGACCAAAGCGCAGCGUUUGUAGCGAACAUGACUUUAUUAAAGUUAAAGAGCACGAACGAGAAAACAAUAAACAAUGACGGAUAGUGAAGUCCUCAGUACACAGACUGAAACAUGGAACAAAAACCCACAACCCUAAGGUGAACACUGACAGUUUAAAUAUGGCUCCCAAUCAGAGAUAACGAGCCGACAGCUGACACUCGUUACCUCCGAUUGGGAGUCACAUGACGAGACAAGACACUACAACCAAAACCAAACACAACCAAAUGAAUACACCCUGGCUCAAACUACACAGUCCCGGAGCCAGAGCGUGACACAAACGCCCCCUUUAAACGCCUUAGAGUUACAAAUAUAGCUAAUCCAUGGUUCUCUAUAGAACUUUCAGAUCUCAUUAUGAUGAGAAAUCAUGCCUGGGCAAAGGCAUGAAAAACAGACUCGUUAGCCAAUUGGCAGCUUUUCAGACAAUUGAGAAAUAAAUGUACUUCCUCAAUUAAGAAAGCUAAAUCUAGCUACUUUCUAAGUUCUAUUUCUGACUGUUAGUGAUUCGUCAAAAUUUUUGAAAACUGUUAAUGCAAUGAAGUGUGGGAAUCCCCACCCUUCCCUGCCCAAGCAAAUUGAGUCAGACUCUGGCAUCAUUACUGGGAAAAAUUAGAUAAGGGAUGCUUUUAAUCAUGAUUUUAUAUCAGCACAAUUUUAAUUUGAAAGAAAUGUUGGUUAGCUGACCCUGGUCUGUCAAUAGAUGGCUCCUCCCUCUCCCAGCCCCCGGUUGGCUUGAUGGAGGAUCAGUCAACUUCUGGUGAAUCUUUGUUUACAUUUCAACAACUUUCUACUUGUGAUGUGCUAGAUGCCUUGCUGAAGAUUGAUGUAAAAACAAUCUACCGGGGCAGAUUUGCAUGAUCCCUUCUUGCGGUAGCUUUCUGCUGCUCUGAUUGCAGAAUCUUUAACACAUGUUUGUAACCUUACGAUUACUUCUGGUAUCAUUCCCAGGGUCUGGCAGGCAGCACAUAUACCCCUUCACAAAGGUGGUGACCUGUGUGACUGAAAUAAUUAUUGCCCCAUUUCCCUAGCAAACAUUUUCGAAUCCUUGGUAAAUACUCAAUUUAGAUACUUUUUAACCAUAACAUGUAUUCUAAAUGUACACUGCCAUCUCUGCUUCUGCUAAAUUAUGUUUUUAACUGCACGACAUCGUCAGCGUUCUUUUGUGUCUGGAGGCGAACACCCACACAUGUUCCGAGCCCUCUGCUGCGCACUGUUCCCUACCCAUCCACUUUCCUGAUCACAUUGUAGUUCCACAGUGUAAGGCGCUAGUCGAUACAGGCGCAGCAGGGAACUUUAUGGACAGGGCAUUCUCACACAGUCUAGGCAUUUCAUUGGUUCCCCUAUCCAUUCCACUCCCAAUCAGAGCACUUGACAGUCGACCAUUAGGGUCCGGGUUUGUUAGGGAAGUUACCGCACCAAUCACCAUGGUUACCCAUGAGACUCAUUGCGAGCAAGUCACGUUAUUUAUUAUUGAGUCUCCUGCUUUCCCUGUGGUACUAGGUAUCCCUUGGUUAGCACUCCACAACCCCAGAUUCUUAUGGCCACAGAAAGUUCUCACGGGGUGGUCGCGAGAGUGUCAGGGUAGGUGUAUCGGUGUUUCCGUUGGUGCAACCACAGUGGAAAGUCCAGACAGUACCUCAACUGUGCGCAUUCCCCCCCGAAUACCUUGAUUUGGCGCAUGCGUUUUACAAAACGCAGGCGACCAAGUUACCACUUCAUCGGGCGGGGGAUUGCGCGAUAAACCUCCGGGUAGACGCUGUGCCUCCCAGGAGUCAUGUGUAUCCCCUGUCACAGGCUGAAAUGGAGGCUAUGGAAAAAUACGUCACCAAGUCCCUGCGCCAGGGGUUUAUACGUCCCUCCACUUCACCCGUCUCCUCAAGUUUAUUUUUUGUGAAGAAGAAAGACGGCGGUCUGCGCCCUUGCAUUGAUUAUCGAUCACUGAACAAGGAGAUGAUACGAUUUAGUUAUCCUCUCCCCCUCAUUCCUUCAGUGAUCAAGUCAAUGCAUGGGGCGCGCUUCUUCACCAAAUUAGAUCUCUGGAGUGCGUACAUCCUGGUACGUGUCUGAGAGGGGGAUGAGUGGAAGACAGCAUUCAGUACAACCACAGGGCAUUAUGAAUACCUGGUGAUGCCCUACGGUUUGAUGAAUGCUCCAUCCGUCUUCAGUCCUUUGUGAACGAGAUGUUUAGGGACAUGCUUGGUCGCGGUGUAGUGGUCUACAUCGAUGACAUUCUGGUGUAUUCCACUACGCGCGCCAAGCAUGUGUCCCUGGUUCGCAAAGUGCUGGCCCGACUGUUGGAAAAUUACCUUCAUGCCAAGGCAGAAAAGUUUCUGUUUUUCCAGCAGUCUGUCUCCUUCCUCGGAUACCGCAUUACCACCUCAGGUGUGGAGAUGGAGGGAUAUUCGCAUUUCAGUCCGUGCGUAAUUGGCCGACUCCAACCACGGUUAAGGAGGUGCAGCGCUUUAUUGGCUUCGCCAACUACUAAAGAAGGUUUAUCUGGGGCUUUGGCAAGGUCGCAGCUCCCAUUACAUCUCUGUUGAAGGGUGGGCCGUCCCGGCUCCGCUGGUCUGCUGAGGCUGACAGGGCCUUCAGUAACCUGGGGGUCUGUUCACCUCAGCCCCGGUACUGGCCCACCCCGAUCCAUCACUACCAUUCGUAGUGGAGGUGGAUGCGUCUGAGGUAGGGAUAGGCGCUGUCCUAUCUCAACGCUCGGGCACGCCACCCAAGCUCCGCCCCUGUGCCUUCUUCUCUAAGAAGCUCAGCCCGGCGGAGCAGAACUACGACGUUGGUGAUCGGGAGUUGUUGGAUGUUGUCCGAGUCCUGGCCGUGUGGAGGCAUUGGCUCGAAGGGGUGAAACACCCUUUCCUCGUCUGAAUGGACCACAGUAACCUGGAGUACAUCCGGGCAGCGAGGAGGCUAAAUCCUCGCCAGGCCAGGUGGGCCCUAUUUUUCACCUGGUUUGAUUUCACACUAUCACACAUCCCGGGUACGAAGAACGUGAAGGCAGACGCAUUGUCACGGCUGUAUGACACAGAGGAGAGGUCCAGGGACAACACCCCCAUACUCCCAGCCUCCUGCAUUGUGGCGCCGGUAGUAUGGGUGAUGGACGCUGAUAUAGAGCAGGCGUUACGCACAGAGCCAUCUCCACCUCAGUGUCCAGAUGGGAUGUGACCGUCUGAUCUACUGGGCACACUCCUCUGGUCACCCAGGUAUCGGUCGUACAGUGCGCUGCCUGACCGGAAAGUACUGGUGGCCUACCUUGGCUAAGGACGUGAUGGUGUAUGUCUCCUCCUGCUUGGUGUGCGCCCAGAGUAAGGCACUUAGGCCCCUCCCGGCGGGUAAGUUACAACCUUUACCAGUUCCACAACGACCAUGGUCUCACCUGAGUGUUGAUUUCCUUACUGAUCUUCCCCUCUCCCAAGGUAACACCACCAUCAUGGUCGUUGUGGACCGCUUUUCCAAGGCCUGCCGUCUCCUUCCUCUGCCCGGUCUCCCCAUGGCCCUGCAGACUGCAGACACACGUCUUCCGGCACCAAGAGGUACCAGAGGAUAUAGUGUCUGACUGGGGUCCCCAGUUCACAUCCAAGGUCUGGAAGGCAUUCAUGGAACGUCUGGGGGUCUCGGUCAGCCUGACCUCUGGUUUCCACCCUGAGUCUAAUGGGCAGGUGGAAUGGGUAAAUCAGGAUGUGGGUAGGUUCCUGUAUUCCUACUGCCAGGACCGGCCGGGGGAGUGGUCGGUGUUCUUGCCAUGGUCCGAAUAUGCCCAGAACUCUCUCCGCCACUCCUCCACUUACCCAGCAACAUUCCAAUGUGUUUUAGGUUACCAACCGGUUCUAGCACCGUGGCACCAGAGCCAGACCGAGGCUCCUGCAGUGGAUGACUGGUUUCGGUGCGUGGAGGAGACGUGGGACGCUGCCCACGUCCACCUCCAACGCGCCGUGCGUCGUCUGAAGGCCAAUGCUGACCGACACCGCUGUGAGGCCCCGGUCUUCGUACCGGGUGAUCGGGACUGGCUCUCGACCCGGAAUCUGCCCCUCCGCCUGCCCUGCCAGAAGCUGAGCCCGCGGUUUGUGGGGCCGUUCAAAGUCCUGAGGAGAAUCAACGAGGUUUCCUAUAGGUUAUUACUCCCCAUGAUUACCGUAUUAAGCACUCGUUUCAUGUGUCUCUCCUCAGGCCGGUGGUGGCUGUUCCGCUCCAGGAGUCUGAGGAACGGGAGGUCCCUCCGCCUCCUCUGGACAUCGAGGGGGCCCCGGUGUACUCCGUCCGUUCCAUCCUGGAUUCGAGGCGUCGGUUGGGGGGCCUUCAGUACCUCAUGGAGUGGGAGGGGUACGGUCCGGAGGAACGGCGCUGGAUUUCCACCGUCGCCGUCCGGCUAGCCCUGCUCCGCGUCCUCCUGGCCGUCCCUGAGGCCGGGGUUGGCGCAAUGCUGGAUCUGCGCGUCAAGGGUGGGGGGGGGGGGGGGGGGGGGUACUGUCACGACUACCCCCGAAGCUGCCUCCCCUCCUUGUUCGGGCAGGCUUCGGCAUUCGUCGUCACCGGCCUUCUAGCCACUGCCGCUCCGUAUCUCAUCAUUCCAUUUGUCUUGUCUUGUAUAUUAUACACACCUGGUUCAUCUUCCCCUCAUUAGUAUGUGUUUAAGUGUUCCCUCUGCCCCCUUGUCCUUGUGGGUGAUUGUUCAUUGUGAGGAUUAUUACCUCGGUUGAGCUCAGUAUUUUGUAUUGCUGGGGUAUUAUCCCUGUGUGCAUGUUUGUUCCAGAGCGCCUGUUUUGCGCACUGGACUGGUUACGCUGGAUUAUAUAAUAAACUCUGUAUACUGUGAUUUACCCUCCUGCGCCUGACUCCUUCAAAUCACGCAUCACAAUUGAUUUAUCUGUAAAAACUUUCAACCUUCACCUGUAUGCAGAUGACACUCUUGUGUAUGCUAUUGCCACAACGGCUGACCAGGCUCUUUCGGAGCUUCAGUCUGUCUUUAUUGCCCUGUAGACGGCCUUUGUUGAACUUAAGUUAGUGCUUAAUGCAGGUAAAACCAAGUACAUGUUGUUUUUCGAAUUCACGUAAAAAUGUAUGCAUACGUACUUUGGAUGGUGCCAUCAAUGAUCUUGUUCCCGCGUAUAAAUAUCUGGGCAUCUGGAUUGACAAUAGGCUUUCAUUCAAAAUACAUGUUGAUGAGUUAGUUAAAAAGUUUAGAAUAAAAUGUGGCUUAUUUUUUUAGGAAUAGGUCAUGCCUUACGUUAAAUAGCAGAAAACAAAUAACUAAGUCGAUAUUAAUUCCGAUUUUAGACUAUGGCAAUAUAAUUUAUAUGAAUGCAGCUGCCACUGUAUUGAAGCCACUGAAUGCUGUAUAUAAUAAUGCAUUAUGCUUCAUUACGGGCACUAGGUUCAGCACACAUCAAUGUACUCUGUAUGAGAAAGUAGGCUGGCCCUCUUUGAAGUCUCGCAGAUUCAUUGCUCUCUUUUUGUCUGUAAAGCCCUCUUGUGUAAACUACCACACUACCUGACUUCUGUGGUAACCUACAGAAAUACAAGCUAUCAGACAAGAUCUCAGGAAUGGUUAACUCUAGAGGUCCCUUCGAUCUCGACAGAGUUAGAUAAAACUGCAUUUAGCUAUUUUGUACGUUUCUUGUGGAAUGGUUUACAUUUUAUGAAUUGGUGCCUCUGAUGCAGUUCAGACGGCUAUGUGAGGACCUUUUUAAGGAAUAAUGUGUUUUGUUUUUUAUAUUUCUAUGAUUGAUCUUAUGUUUUUUUAUUUUGUAUUAUUGUGUUGUGUUUUUUUGCUUCCUUAUAUAUUGUAUGUAACUAGGCCUAUGUUUUGUAACUUUCCCCAGGUCGUUGCUGCAAAUGAGAAUGUAUUCUCAGUCAACUCACCUAAUCUAAUUUUGAACGCUAUUUUAUAUACCGUAGGUUAGCUCUCAUUUUCUCAGAAAUGUGUACAUAAUCCCGAAACAUAACCUUGCCUGACGUACAACAUUAGAUACAAAUCGCAGGAUUUGACCAUAGUAUUUGUUUCAGUGUCGCUGAAAUAUGAUGACUUUGUUUCCGGCUCAACAAUCAAACAUAGUCUAAAAUGUGCUUGAGGUACACUAUACUGUAUAUACAAUAGUAUGUGGACAACCCUUCAAAUUAGUGGAUUCGGUUAUUUCAGCCACACCCGUUGCUGACAGGUGUAUAACAUCGAGCACACAGCCAUGCAAUCUCCAUAGCCAAACAUUGGUAGUAGGAUAGCCUUACUGAAGUGCUCAUUGACUUUCAACGUAGCACCAUUAUAGGAUACCACCUUUCCAACAAGUCAGUUCGUCAAAUUUCUGCCCUGCUAGAGCUGCCCCGGUGAACUGUAAGUGCUGUUAUUGUGAAGUGGAAACGUCUAGGAGCAACAACGGCUCAGCCGCGAAGUGGCAGGCCACACAAGCUCACAGAACAGGACCGCCGAGUACUGAAGCUUGUAGCGCUUAAAAAUCGUGGUGUAAAGCUCGCCGCCAUUGGACUCUGGAGCAGUGGAAACACGUUCUCUGCUGUGAUGAAUCACGCUUCACCAUCUGGCAGUCCGACAGACUAAUCUGGGUUUGGCGGAUGCCAGGAGAACGCUACCUGCCCGAAUGCAUUGUGCCAACUGUAAAGUUUGGUGGAGGAGAAAUAAUGGUCUGGGGUUGUUUUUCAUGGUUCGGGCUAGGCCCCUUAGUUCCUGUGAAGAUAAAUCUUAAUGCUACAACAUACAAUGAAAUUCUAGACGAUUCUGUGCUUCCAACUUUAUGGCAACAGUUUGGGGAAGGACCUUUCCUGUUUCAGCAUGACAAUGCCCCCGUGCACAAAACCAUACAGAAAUGGUUUGUCGAGAUCAGUGUGGAAGAACAUGACUGGCCUAUACAGAGCCCUGACCUCAAACCUAUUGAACACCUUUGGGAUGAAUUGGAAUGCCGACUGCGAGCCAGGCCUAAUCGCUCAACAUCAGUGCCCGACCUCACUAAUGCUCUUGUGGGUGAAUGGAAGCAAGUCCCCACAGCAAUGUUCCAACAUCUUGUGGAAAACCUUCCCAGAAGAGUAGAGGCUGUCAUAGCAGACAAAGGGGGUACCAAAUCCAUUUUAAUGUCCAAGAUUUUGGAAUGAGAUGUUCGACGAGCAUACUUUUGGUCAUGUAGUGUACCUCUGCAUAUUUAAGCUGGCAAAGUAAUGAAGCAUGAUGAUUGAGCAUGUGUGUUUUAAUAAGGUAAUGGGCACAGUAUCAUUAUUCAUGCAUGAAAACAGACCUGUUAGUCAAAUUAUAAUAUAUUGUGUGUUCAAACAUUGCCUAUUAGAAUAUACAGUACAUUAGGGACAUAGGGGUAAUCAUUUUAAUUUAUCAAGGCCAAAACUUUAAUUUAAAUGGGACAGGUGGUAAUGCAUAAUAUCAACAGAGAGCAAAAGAGUUCCUGGGUCAGUCUGUAUUUUGUUAUUCCGCUCAUUACCCACAAUGGACGUGUUUCUUCAAGCGCUAUUUGAUAAAGGAACAGUGAACCUGAGUGGAGAGUGAUAGCAGAAGAUAGAUGAGAUAGGGUAAGAAAUCUCCAAAGACUCUGCCUGUCCAAAUGUGUGGCAGCUGGUUUGGACCGUCCCCGAAGUGCUUUAAAAAUAGAUCAGCGAAGAACCAGAGAGAAGGGGAAAAAAGCGAGGAAUCGAGGUCAUAACUUUAAAACAGGGAGGAAAUUAAUUAUGCGUCUUCAGCACCUAUGUUCAGCUCAAUGAGCAAGGUCGGUACAAGCGGGGGGAGGGGGAUGGGGCGGGGGGUUUGCUUAUUCUAGUGUUUAUGUUUAUGUUGUCAUUUGAAUAUUCAGAAAGUGCCUUCAGAAAGUAUUCACACCCCUUGAUUCUUUCCCCACAUUUUGUUGUUACAGCCUGAAUUUAAAAUGUAUCAAAUUGAGAUUUUGUGCCACUGAUCUACACACAAUAUCCCUCAAUGUCAAAGUGAAAUCUUGUUUUUAGAAAAAUGUCACACAGACCAGGGAGGUUUUCCAAUGCUUCGCAAAGAUGGAUAAAAAAAAACAGAAACAGAAUAUCCCUUUGAGCAUGGUGAAGUUAUUAUUACGCUUUGGAUGGUGUUUCAAUACACCCAGUCACUACAAAGAUACAGACGUCCUUCCUGACUCAGUUGCCAGAGAGGAAGGAAACUGCUCACGGAUUUCACCAUGAGGCCAAUGGUGAUUUUAAAACAGUUACAGAGUUUAAUGGCUGUGAUAGGAGAAAAAUGAGGAUGGAUCAAGAACAUUGUAGUUACUCCACAAUACUAACCUUAAUGUGAAAAGAAGGAAGUUUUAUGUUUGGGUCAAAUCCAACACAUCACUGAGUAUCACUCUUCAUAUUUACAAGCAUAGUGGUGGCUGCAUCAUGCUAUGGAUAUGCUUGUCAUUGGCAAGGACUAGGGAUUAUAUAUAUAUAGAUUUUUACAAUAAAAAGAAACAGAAUAGAGUUAAGCACAGGCAAAAUCCUAGAGGACAACAUGGUUCAGUCUGCUUUCCAACAGACACUGGGAGACAAAUGCACCUGUCAGCAGGACAAUAACCUAAAACUCAAGGGCAAAUAUACACUGGAGUUGCUUACCAAGACGACAUUGAAUGUUCCUGAGUGGCCUAGUUACAGUUUUGACUUAAAGCGGCUUGAAAAUCUAUGGCAAGACUUGAAAAUGGCUGUCUGGCAAUGAUCAACAACCAACUUGACAGAGUUUGAAGAGUUUAAAAAAGAAUAAUGGCCAAAUAUUGUACAAUCCAGGUUUGCAAAGCUCUUAGAGACUUACCCAAAAAGACUUACAGCUCUAAUUGCUGCCAAAGGUGAUUCUAAUAUAUAUAUAUUGACUCAGGUGGUUGAAUACUUAUCUAAUCAAGAUAUAUUAGUUUUAUUUUUCGUUAGUCACAUUUUUUCUUCCACUUUGAUAUUACAGAGUAUUUUGUGUAGAUUGUAAAGAAAACAUCAACAAUUAAAUCCAUUUUAAUCCCAAUUUGUAACACAACAAAAAUGUUGUAUUGUCAAAGUGGAAGAAAAAAAUGUAUUAAUGAAAAAUAAAAAACUAAUAUAUCUUCAUUAGAUAAGUAUUCAACCCCCUGAGUCAAUAUAUAUUAGAAUCACCUUUGGCAGCAAUUAGAGCUUUGAGUCUAAUGUGGAACAUUUUGUGAAAACUUUCUGAAGGCACUGUACAUCUUUGAACUAUCAUGUUAUAAUUUAUACUCAUGGAUCCAUAGCCAUCCAUUUGAGAGUGGUUACAUUUCCACCCCCCCAUCCCUCUCCAUACUAAACAUUGUGGCAGGGUCAGGCAGUUGUAAUGACAGAUUGUGGCUUUAAUUGUUUGUACUGAAUUAAUUGCACACGUUUACCGUCAAGAUGUCCCUAUCAUCUAACAAUAAGUAACUACAACGUUCCCUAAUUAUAGAACGUGAGUCCUGGAUUACCCGCUAAUGAGUAGCAAUUAAUCAUUAAUCAGCUCAGUCGUAUAGCCGCUAUAACCUGCCCAGUGGCUGCUGCUGAGGGGAGGACGGUUCAUAAUAAUGGCUGGAAUGGCGUGAAUGGAAUGGCAUCAAACACAUGGAAACCAUGUUUGAUGUAUUUGAUACCAUUCCACUGAUUCUGCUCCAGCAAUUACCACGAGCUUGUUCUCCCCAAUUAAGGUGCCACCAACCUCCUGUCACCAACCUGUCACCAACCUGUCACCAACCUGUCACCAACCUCAUAAUCAAGGCUAUAAUUCUAAGAAUUAGAGGGUGAUGCUAAAGUUUGCAAUGGCUGAUGUCAUAGGAUGAUAUAGGCUAUGAGAGCGUUAGCAUUUGGCCUAUCUGUCAUUUAUUUAACCUUUUUUGCCACUGGGGGCCACCCAUAUGAAAAUGUAUACACGCACUAGUGUAAAUCGGUUUGGAUAAAAUGUCUGCUAAAUGGCAUAUGAUAAUUAGCUUAGAAUAAAAUGACGAUAUUUUUCCUUCCUCACCACUUACAAUACUAGUUCAAUUCAAUGCUUCCUGAGCCCCCCUCUCACUCAACCACAGUGAUCGCACCUUAGCUCUUGUACUCAUCACGUCCCCUUUCCCUUCGUAUUGUAUUCCGUUGGGGAGAAAAUGCUGCCAAAAAUCACACAUCAAGUAAUUCCCUUAAUUCUGCCUCCAGGCUGGUGGUUUAGCUGCUCCUCCGUGCUGGCCUGCUGCCAGAGGACCACUCUGUGCUGCUUCCUGCCAUAGACAGGCCGCCCAAACUCCAGCCUCACUGUCAGACACCAUUAAGCCAAAGCUGCCGCUAUUAUAUAAGAGCACUGAGUUCCACAGCACCAAUACAGUGGCAGUUCUCUAUCGAAUGUUUCAUCGACAUUAGCCCACAGGGGUUUGCCUUGAAUAUUGGAGGGGGAAAGGCUGAUGUUGUGUUGAAGGGAGGUGUGCGAGGAGGGCGUUUGUUAUCGCUUUACUAGGGGUGGCCAUUGCUAUGUUUAGAUGUUGUCAUUGAAUGACUCAGCCCAUUACAGGACAUGGCAACUGACAUACUGUGAUAAAGUCUAAUACAGUGUCUGGUGUUGUGGCUCCCAGGUCAGUGUUACAGACUGCUGACAUUGUGACUGCAGAUACAAUUACUGUAUCUAUUGCAUCACCUGACCUAUUGUUCUACGUUCACAGGUGCAUUUUAUUUUACACUGGUAUUUACAUGUUACUGUAUGUACUCUUUUGUGGCUUUGAAAUGUAUUCAAAACAUGUACCAUCCCAAACAUUGGUACCCAGUUUGUUUUUGUUGAAGUACCAGAAAUGUGAUAAAUUGGUACCACUUAAUAAACACCAGGCAAAUUCCUGCUGAAACAGGACUGUAAAAUAAAUGGUAACAAUUUGUAAAAUAAAGGGUAACACUGGUUUAAACUCAUACAUAUCUUUUAUUUACAAGGUAUUAACUAAGAAUUCAAGAAAAGUUGUGUCAAUGAAUCUCAAAGAAACCAAAAUGUAAUUACUAUGCAAUUAUUAGGUAAUUACCACUUUAACUAUGUAAUUCCUACCUAACUACCUGGCAGGGAGCUGUAAAAUAAAGCGUUAUUAAAUAAAGCCGAACUGGGAUUCCUCUUUGCAGAAGCGAAGCUAACCGUUUCUCCCAUUUCUUCUUCUCUCUCUCCUUUUUGCCAGUCUGAAUUACAGUGGGAUGUGCCUGGCCUCUGACGCGCAAUUCAGUGACUUCCUGGAUGGGAUGGGCCCUGCACAGUUUGUUGGGCGACAGACACUAGCCACAACAUCAUUGGGUGAGAGUAACUAAACGCUGUGCUUGAGCUAAACCUGUGCCUCUAUACAUUAAAGUGGCUAUACAUAACCUUUGCCUCUGGAAUGCUCUGGAGCCAAAAGAGGUCCCCUAAAUGGACAGAUAUAUUGUGCAGAAAUGACCUCAUUGGACAGAAGGGGCCACACCUCCCCACACUCAUUAACAAAAUAUAUAUUGUUUGUCUUAAAGUAAAAACAUUUGUGUGGUUUCAUGAGUUAGGAAAUUGAUUAAUAUUAUUUAAUGUGUAUGAACCAUACAGCCAACAUGGUAAAGUUUGUGAGUGUGAGUGACUAUGCUAAUAGAUAUGUUUAUCAUUAUCCAGGUGAUGUUGAAAUAGGCCUGCUGGAGAGAAAUGGCGGUUUGGAGGUGGAGAUCAUGCAGGCCAGAGGACUCACACAGAAACCUGGAUCCAAAGGACCUCCAGGUGAGCAAGGACCUGCAACCAUCUAAUCCCUUUAGUUCUCUGGGGGAUGCUAUCCAAUCAGAACUCAAACCAAACCAAACCAUAUGUAUGAAAAAAGUAUGAAAAUGUAUGCACUCACUAACUGUAAGUCGCUCUGGAUAAGAGCGUCUGCUAAAUGACUAAAAUGUAAAUGUUGCUACAGUGAGAGGAAGAAACAAAAAUCAUUUAAGACACUGCAAACCUUAUUCCUCAUGGUGGAUGUUAAAGUCUAAUCUUUAAUCUUGUAAUCUGAAAUGGUGGAUGAAAAGCGUAUCUGUGUGAUCUGAUUGCUUUGAGGUAUUAUGCGUGCCCCAGAGACACUGUAAAGUCCAUGGAGAAUAAGAGUGCCUCCUCCCAACUGCCCACUGCACUGAGGCUAGGAAACUCUGUCACCACCGAUAAAUCUACAAUAAUCGAGAAUUUCAACAAGCAUUUUGCUACGGCUGGCCAUGCUUUCCACCUGGCUACCAUUACCCCGGACACAAGCUCUGCACCCUCCGCUGCAACUUGGCCCCCCCAACACUGUGUUAACAAACCUCCAAACGAGCUUCAACGCCAUACAACACUCCUUCCGUAGCCUCCAACUGCUCUUAAACAUUAGUAAAACUAAAUGCAUGCUCUUCAACCGAACGCUGCUUGCACCCGCCCACCCGACUAGAAUCACUACUCUCGGAGGGUCUGACCUAGAGUAUGUGGACAACUACAAAUACCUAGGUGUCUGGUUAGACUGUAAACUCUCCUUCCAGACUCACAUUAAGACUCGCAUCUCCAAUCAAAAGUUUGAUCUAGAAUCGGCUUCCUAUUUCGCAAACAAAGCCUCCUUCACUCAUGCUGCCAAACAAGCCCUUGUAAAAUAGACUAUCCUACCGAUCCUUGACUUUGGCGAUGUCAUUUACGAAAUAGCCUGCAACACUCUACUCAGCAAAUUGGAUGUAGUCAAUCACAGUGCCAUCCGUUUUGUCACCAAAGCCCCAUAUACUACCCACCAUUGUGACCUGUACGCUCUUGUUGGCUGGCCCUCACUACAUAUUCGUCGCCAAACCCACUUGCUCCAGGUCAUCUAUAAAUCACUGCUAGGCAAAUCCCCGUCUUAUCUUAGCUCACUGGUCACCAUAGCAACACCCACCCGUAGUCUGCGCUCCAGCAGGUAUAUCUCACUGGUCAUCCCCAAAGCCAACACCUCAUUUGGCUGCCAUUCCUUCCAGUUCUCUGCUGCCAAUGACUGGAACAAACUGCAAAAAUCUCUGAAGCUGGAGACUCUUAUCUCCCUCACUAACUUUAAGCGUCAGUUGUCAGAGCAGCUUACCGAUCACUGCACCUGUACACAGCCAUACUGAAAUUAGCCCACCCAACUACCUCAUCCCCAUAUUGUUAUUUAUUUUGCUAAUUUGCACCCCAGUAUCUCUAUUUGCACAUCAUCUUUUGCACAUCUAUCAUUCCAGUGUUAAUACGAAAAUGUAACUAUUUUGCAUUAUGGCCUAUUUAUUGCCUUACCUCCAUAACUUACUACUUUCGCACAUACUGUAAAUAUAUUUUCUGUUGUAUUUUUGACUUUAUGUUUUGUUUACCCCAUAUGUAACACUGUGUUGUUGUUUUUAUCGCACUACUUUGCUUUAUCUUGGCCAUGUCGCAGUUGUAAAUGAGAACUUGUUCUCAACUAGCUUACCUGGUUAAAUAAAGGUUAAAUACAAAAAUAAAAAAUAAAAAUACCUGUCUUCUCUUGUUGCCAGCGGCUUACAUUAAAGUGUACCUACUUGAAAAAGGGGUCUGUGUUGCAAAAAAGAAGACAAAGUCGGUUAGGAAAUCCCUGGACCCUCUGUAUAACCAAGUGCUGGUGUUCUCGGAGAGUCCACAGGGAAAAGUCGUUCAGGUAAGGUAAAACAGACUUCAGUCACCAUUCACUCCAUAUACAGUGGGGGAAAAAAGUAUUUAGUCAGCCACCAAUUGUGCAAGUUCUCCAACUUAAAAAGAUGAGAGAGGCCUGUAAUUUUCAUCAUAGGUACACGUCAACUAUGACAGACAACUUGAGAUUUUUUUCCCCCAGAAAAUCACAUUGUAGGAUUUUUUAUGAAUUUAUUUGCAAAUUAUGGUGGAAAAUAAGUAUUUGGUCACCUACAAACAAGCAAGAUUUCUGGCUCUCAUAGACCUGUAACUUCUUCUUUAAGAGGCUCCUCUGUCCUCCACUCGUUACCUGUAUUAAUGGCACCUGUUUGAACUUGUUAUCAGUAUAAAAGACACCUGUCCACAACCUCAAACAGUCACACUCCAAAUUCCACUAUGGCCAAGACCAAAGAGCUGUCAAAGGACACCAGAAACAAAAUUGUAGACCUGCACCAUGCUGGGAAGACUGAAUCUGCAAUAGGUAAGCAGCUUGGUUUGAAGAAAUCAACUGUGGGAGCAAUUAUUAGGACCUAGUGAAUGACCUGCAGAGAGCUGGGACCAAAGUUACAAAGCCUACCAUCAGUAACACACUACGCCGCCAGGGACUCAAAUCCUGCAGUGCCAGACGUGUCCCCCUGCUUAAGACAGUACAUGUCCAGGCCCGUCUGAAGUUUGCUAGAGUGCAUUUGGAUGAUCCAGAAGAGGAUUGGGAGAAUGUCAUAUGGUCAGAUGAAACCAAAAUAGAACUUUUUGGUAAAAACUCAACUCGUCGUGUUUGGAGGACAAAGAAUGCUGAGUUGCAUCCAAAGAACACCAUACCUACUGUGAAGCAUGGGGGUGGAAACAUCAUGCUUUGGGGCUGUUUAUCUGCAAAGGGACCAGGACGACUGAUCCGUGUAAAGGAAAGAAUGAAUGGGGCCAUGUAUCGUGAGAUUUUGAGUGAAAACCUCCUUCCAUCAGCAAGGUCAUUGAAGAUGAAACGUGGGUGGGUCUUUCAGCAUGACAAUGAUCCCAAACACACCGCCCGGGCAACGAAGGAGUGGCUUCGUAAAAACAUUUCAAGGUCCUGGAGUGGCCUAGCCAGUCUCCAGAUCUCAACCCCAUAGAAAAUCUUUGGAGGGAGUUGAAAGUCCGUGUUGCCCAGCGACAGCCCCAAAACAUCACUGCUCUAGAGGAGAUCUGCAUGGAGGAAUGGGCCAAAAUACCAGCAACAGUGUGUGAAAACCUUGUGAAGACUUACAGAAAACGUUUGACCUGUGUCAUUGCCAACAAAGGGUAUAUAACAAAGUAUUGAGAAACUUUUGUUAUUGACCAAAUACUUAUUUUCCACCAUAAUUUGCAAAUAAAUUCAUAAAAAAUCCUACAAUGUGAUUUUCUGGGGGAAAAAAAUCUCAAGUUGUCUGUCAUAGUUGACGUGUACCUAUGAUGAAAAUUACAGGCCUCUCUCAUCUUUUUAAGUGGGAGAACUUGCACAUUUGGUGGCUGACUAAAUACUUUUUUUCCCCACUGUACAUGUUCAUCAGUUUCAUGUUCAUAUGGGCACGCAAUGGAAAACGUUUUAAAAUGUUUUGCAACAGAAAAUUAUCAUGAGCAUCCAGGUCCAGGUAGUCCCUCCCAUUUUCCAUCUGUUUUCUUACUCUUGGUGCCCAAUGAACAUGACCUUGGUGGUCUCAAAGAUACCUCUGAAUAUUUACUCCUAUUGACGAAAACCUCAAAUGCAGGACACCAGGCUAAUGUUAACUAGUGUUGUUUUCUAAUUAUGUAGACUAACCUAUGAAAAUGUAAAGAAAACGUCAUAUAAAGUAUAUCUAUAAGUGUGGAGGCAUCUACCAUUAGCAGUUGAUAAAUAGGAUUUUGUCACUAGUGGAACAAAUUCCUUGCCCCAAAGGUGCAAUCAGAUGAUGGAAAGUGCUGAUUUGUACGAGUGCUCCAGGAAGGCUGAUAUACAAGUCCACAGGAGAUUUGUCUCCACUCAUUGUUUCCUCCCUGCUCCCUCUCACACCUUCUUCCUGUCUACUUCUCACACAUCACACACACCUGUGGCUGAACAGACAUACAACAUCGGUUUCUAUUAGAAUGGGAUCAGGCUGGCCCACUCGGCUAUGGGAACAAGCCCAAUGGAAGGACUGAAGGCAUGCUGAGUUUACUCAACCGACAUACAUUAGUGACUGUGCCAAGGAAAGAAUAAAGUGUAGUGAGAGACCUAUUUUUAUAUUUUGAUAACCUUAUCCAUUUGAGCCUGACUCUGUAUAUCCCGAGUUUAGCUUUUCUAUUAAAGCUGCAAAAGGGCUCUGCAUGGAUAUGGCUAACUACAGUCAUGCCCUAGCAGUUAGAACAGAACAGAGAGGUUAAUAGCCUUUCAAAACAGUCACUGUUUACUCAACAGCUUGUGAAUAAUCCCAGCAAUGAUUUGGUGUCCCGUCACUGCAUAAUUAGAUCUUUGCACCUCCCUCCUUAUCAUUCUGUUCAGACACAUUUCUGCCUCUAGGAGACUUGGCAUGGGAACACAGGGAUAAACCGCCUGGUUUUCUGGUAUUAGAGAGAAAAGGGGAUGUUGAACAUUCAUCUGAAAUAACAUUUUUGGAGGAGAACAUUUACUCCUCUCUGUCAUAACAAACGUUAAAGGCUUAAACAGAACCCAGCCCCUCUGCAAAACGUCCUCUAGAAACCUGAGGUGGAGGAGGAACCAUAUUUGUAGAGGAUGCUGAGGCAAUGAAACAAUCUUCUGUCCAAAGAUGGAGAGAAAUUAGUAGAGAUGAUUUGUCUACUGAGUCCCAGAGGAAAUCAAUUAUGGUCAUUGAUUAUUUCGUCCUGCAGUAAAUAGCAUCUCUGUUUGUCUCGUAUUACAUUAGAGGGUAUGAACAUAUGCAUUUGGAAUAGGGGACAUUCAGUAUCAAAGAUAAUCAUCUGGAGUUUUUCGAGUCUAGCCCCCAGAAAAUAAUAGCACCCUCACUGACAUUCCCAUUUAUUUUCUCCAACAGGUGAUUGUUUGGGGAAACUACGGACACAUGGAUCGUAAAUGCUUCAUGGGUGUUGCCCGCAUCUUAUUGGAGGAGCUGGAUUUGACGAGCAUGGUAAUUGGCUGGUACAAGCUUUUCCCCACCUCAUCCAUGGUGGACCCCACGAUGGCCCCGUUGAUCCAGCACUCUUCCCAGCUGUCCUUGGAGAGCACCGUGGGCCCAUCCUUUGAGCGCUCUUAA